AUGGAAGUGGCAAAAUUAAGAUUGCUUACUGAAUUGAUUCACAUAACCGAUUUUCGAAUUACAGAGAAGUGGCUCAUAAUGGUGAAUAUAUAAUGGCAAAAAGUAGGUAGAUGGGAUAUUAAGUAUAGAUAUAGCAACAAUAAUCCAUUCUCUAAAAUGUAAAAAUAUUAAUUAAUUGGGAACAGCGUUAGAGGAUUAUACGAUGAUGGACUUAAGAAUGGCAAGUGGACUGAUUUGGAUGAAGAAUUUAAUAAGGAAAAAUAAGUAACGUAUAAUUGUGUAUAUAAAAAUGAGAUAAAAAUUGGUAGAUGGGAUAUUGAGCUUCGGUUAUAUAGUAGCGAUCCAAUCUCUAAAAUGUAGAAAAUGAUAUAUAGAUCAGAAAUAGUGGUGGCGGAUAAUAUGAUGACGGAAAUAAGAUGUGCAAUUGGAUUGAUUUGGAUGAAUAGUUUAAGUAUUUAAAAUAAGUAAUUUCUAAUUUUGAAUAUUCUAAUUGUAAAAAUGUUGGUGUAUAAUGAAUCAUAGUCAGAUUGGCACGAAAAAUCAAAUUCUGAAUAAAAUUCAAUUUUUGACAGAAAAGGCUAGGGAUUUGCAUUCUUCUCCAAAAAUAAGAGUGACAUCUUUUCCUCAUAACAACCUUUAUAUCUAUUAAAAACGAUAUAUUUUAAAAAAAAUAGAGUUUAGCUUAUCUUAUCCUUGCCACACAAUAUUUCAUAGAAAAAAAUUUUGGUAAAAUGAAAGUCUAAUGAUUUAAAUUAUUAGAUUGCUUAAGCAAUAUUUACCUCCUAACCUUUUAAAUAUUCUUGCAUGGAUAUCGAAAUGCUAUUUCUAAAUGAACGUAAAUUUUUAUUUACUUAUUAUUUUAGCCCUUUUAUCAUGAUCUUAAUUUAUCUACAUUUCAACAUAAGGAAUGUAAUGAAUUAGAAAUUAGAGGACCCUCAUUUAAUGCUUUAAAAUCAAUAGAAAAUAAUAUGUCAAACUUUAAUAAAAAAGCAAAAUCUCAACAAAUUAUUAAUUCAUGGAUAUUUAUAAAUUUGACUAUUUCGUCUUCACUUUACUUGACUUAAUUGAUAAAUAAGAAAAAGUAGUUUUAUGAUUAGGUAAAUUUAUAGAUUUCUUAUUUCAGUAACCUCUCAAUCAUUUCAGAAAAAGAAGAACAAAAAAUACCCCAUUAAAAUAAUUUAAGAUAAAAGGGUAUAUUAUUGAUUUUAUUACUUCUAAUUCAAAGGAAAAAAUUAAUCAAACUAUAAUAAUUUCCUUACAUAUACAAAAGUAUUGCUUGGAUGAGAAUUUUUAGUUUACUUAGAUAAAUUUUAACUUAAAAUUAAGGAUGAAAUCGAUGCAGGUCAAGUACUUUCUAACCUAUUUCUAAUACGGUAUAGGAUAUUUCAAGCUCUUAAUAUGGAUUAUAAAAAGAUAUUGA